GUCAGAAAUUUCGAAUCACCCUAAUAAAUACUGAUGCUUCAGCAAGGAACAUACGAGCUACCUCAAUCAGUGUCGCCGAAUCCUAACGCUUCAGGAUGUUUGGACUAUUAAUUCUUACGUUCGUCGCGCUCUCUAUAGCAGUUUCGAACCAGAGCUAUGAUUUUAUCGUAGUCGGCGGUGGUACUGCAGGUUUAGCGGUUGCUGUUCGUCUCAGCCAGAAGCUGCCGGACCUUUCAGUACUUGUGAUCGAAGCUGGCCCAGACGGUCGGGAUAUCCCUGGUAUCUACGUGCCUGGCCGUAAAGGAUCAUUGCUAGGUACUAUCUACGACUGGAACUUCACCACCGUUCCCCAGCCCGGAGCGAACAAUCGCAUCCUUUCACAGAACCGUGGAAGAGUCCUUGGAGGCAGCUCCGCUCUCAAUUUGAUUUCAUGGGACAGGGGCGCCAAGGCGGACUACGAUGACUGGGAAUCGUUCGGUAAUCCAGGGUGGAACUGGGACUCUAUGCACUCCGCCAUGCGUAAAUCAGAGACGUUCCAGCUGACUCCGAAUAAUGGCUCCGCUGGGAUCAAAGGCGUUGGUGACCACGGAGAGAUUCGCUCUCUCAUUAGUCGUUUCUCAACGCCUCAGAACGAAGAGUUCUUCCCCGCAAUGCACAACUUGGGCUACGGGCAAACUUACGGAUAUAUGGACGGAGAAGUGCUGGGCUAUAUGCGGCACACAAGCAAUGUGCUCUUGAGCAAUUAUACUCGGUCAUACAGCCCGGCUUAUCUAGCAGUUGCAGGAAGCAAUCUCCAUUUGAUGUUAAACACGACAGUCUCCAAAGUCACGCUGGACAAUGAAAGACGAGCGACCGGUGUGAUGAUGGAGGAUGGCACAACCAUUACGGCGACGAAGGAAGUCAUAUUGUCAGCGGGCUCUAUUCAAUCGCCUCAAUUGCUUGAGCUGUCAGGUGUUGGUAAUGCAACUGUUCUCAGCUCCGCGGGUAUCACGCCUGUCGUGGAACUGCCAGGCGUCGGAGAAAACCUUCAGGAUCACGUUCGAAUUGUGAACGUCUAUCAACUCGACUCGAACUAUACAUCUGCGGACAUCCUGCGCUUCAACGCCACAUUCGCCGCCGAGCAGCUGGAUCGCUGGGAAAGGAACAUUACUGGCUUUUACGACAAUACCGGGUCAGCCUAUGCAUAUUUGACAUGGCAGCAAGCACUUGGAAAUGAUUCCACCUUCAAAGAACUCGCUAGACAGGCAGCAAGCCCACAUAUUGUCGAUCAGAGGAAGCUUGAGAAUGUGCUUGAUGUGAAUAAGGGUGUUCCGCAGGUUGAGGUUCUGUUUUCAGAUGGCUAUCUCGGCUUGAAAGGCUAUCCUGUUGCGAACUCGUCACUUUAUGGUCAGACAUUCUUCGCCAUGAUCGCGAGCAUUCAACACCCAUUUUCGAGGGGCAGCGUGCAUUUGAACACAUCCCAUCCGUCAGGUAAGCCAAUAUUGAAUCCGAAUUAUUUGUCCAACGAGUACGACCUGCAAGCUGUCAAGGAAGCAGCCAAGUUUCUGCGCAAAGUUGCUACAACACCACCACUCAGUUAUACUUGGGUAGAUGAGUACGAACCUGGCUUUGAGAUCAGUACAGAUGCCCAAUGGACCGAGUACGCAAAAAGCCAUGCCCUGAGCAUAUGGCAUCCAGUGGGCACGUGUGCUAUGCUUCCCAAGGAGGAAGGCGGAGUGGUGGACUCACACCUAAGGGUCUAUGGCGUCCCAAACCUGCGUAUUGUUGAUGCAAGCAUUAUGCCUGCGCUGGUCUCCGGUCAUAUACAAAGCGCCGUCUACGGUAUUGCUGAGAGGGCGGCAGAUCUUAUCUCUGGAGCAUGGUCAUAAGCAAGAUCAAGUGGCGCAUACAAAAGUUCACGGAUGAUACACCUGAUUUCCAAACGGCGUCUACUAAUGUAAUAGAACCUCGGUACGCAUUACAGUCAGUAAGUACUUGAAAUGGAAAGCCAGUAACACGUAUGCGAUAAGAUGGAGUUAAUACAAUUAGACCAGUUGAUGGCCAAGUCCAUGCGGCUUUCCUGAAUUCUUGUAUCGACAAAUCGCACGCUUUCGUUUUGCAAGAUGAGCUUAAUAGCGUAGUUUAAUUUGCCUAAUCAUGACCUGAAUGGUAAAGAGAC